CAGAAAAUUAGUUCAAGAUGAGGACAUUUAUAAUACUAUCACUUCUCGUCGGGACUGCUUUGGCCGUCGGUAAAGGGGGUUACGGUUACGAAGGAGGAUAUGGAGGAGGAUUUGGAGGUGGUGGUGGGAGCUCAGGCGGAGGUGUAGUAAUUGUGACUGGUGGUGGUGGAGGAGCUGGCGGUGGAAUUGGCGGUGGAAUAGGAGGAGGUGUCAGUGGUGGAAGCAUCGGUGGUGUGGGUGGUAGUGGAGGAGCUGGAGGCGGAUUUGGCGGUGGAAUAGGAGGAGGUGUCGGUGGUGGAAGCAUCGGUGGUGUGGGUGUUGGUGGUGGUACCGGCGGCGGAGUUGUUUUGGUUACAGGAGGCGGUAUUGGUGGAGGAAAUAUAGGAGGUGGUUACGGUGGAGGGUAUGGAGGCGGAUACGGAGGUGGAAUGGGCGGCGGAAAAUAUGGCGGCGGAAUGGGUGGUGGAUACGGUGGCGGUUUUGGUGGUGGCUACGGGGGUGGAUACACUGGAAUGGGAGGCGGACAAGGUGGUAGCAGCGGCGGUGUAGUAAUAAGUCUAUCAUCCGGUGGAGUCGGUGGCACUGGUGGCGGAUAUGGAGGUGGUUACGGCGGUGGAUAUGGGAGUGGGUAUGGAAUAAUGGGUGGCAUGAGACGAGGUGGAGUUUAUGGAGGCGGAUACGGUGGUGGUUAUGGGGGCGGUUACGUAGAAAUGGGUGGAAUGACUGGAGGCGGAUCUUACAGUGGCGGAUACGGAGGUGGAUAUGGCAUAGGUGGGGGUGGUAGUAUGGGAAUCAGUACUGAAGGCGGAGUUAUUAUUGUUGGAGGCGAAAUUGGAGGUGGAGCCGGUGGAGCCGGAGCUGGAAAUUAUGGAGGCGGAUCUGCAGGAGGAUUUGGAGGAGGCUAUGGCGGUGGAUACGGGGGAAUGGGAGGCGCAAGAGGUGGCCCUGUAGUCAGUAUUGUUAGUGGGGGCGGAUCUGGUGCUGGUUUUGGCGGUGGAAUUGGUGGAGGAGUUGGUGGGGGAAGCAUUGGAGGUGGAGCCGCUGGUGGUAUAGGUGGAGGAAUUGGUGGUGGUUUUGGAGGAGGUGCAGGUGGUGGUGUUUCUCUGAUGAAAUCUUACUAACCUGCAUUGACUUGACAACUCCACCCUGUUAUAUAUGGUUCUUACAGAUGCUCAAGGAAAUAUAUGACAGAACUUGAUGCCGACGAGAUUUUGAAUUUAAUAUACUCUUUCGCAUAAGCUCUAGCAAUGUGCUGUGUUUAACUGUUGACUGUUGUUAUUUUGUUUGUUAGAAUUGCUUGCUGCUUCAAUAAAGUAUUGACUUAAAACAA